UCACUCCUUAGUCGAUUCACACGAUUGGUGUAUUUGGAUUUUGAAUCAUAUCCAUACAAUUCAACCCAUGAUUCAUCGACAACAGACCUCGAAAAUCAAGCCAAGUUCAAGGCAUGUAUCUACUACAAAUGACCGCCACGCCUAUGGCUUCUGCAAUUUCUACUCCCACAUACCUCUGUUCUUCUUCUUCAUCAUCAUCACAAUCCAUUAAAAGACACCCAACUUUCUGUGCUCUAUCGAUUUCUGUGAAUUCAUUUCCUAAAACCCAAAAUAUUCGUCUACCUAGUUGGGUUCCUCAACUGGGUCUCAGCCCCUUUUCGCCAUGGAAUGGUUUAAGGCGUCUGGGUAUCUCAAUCUCACAAUGGCCUGUUAAAAAAGAAAGGAAGAGGCAGCAUAAAGGCAAGGUUGUGUAUGCAUCUUUAUUUGGAGUUGGGGCUCCUGAAGCUCUGGUGAUUGGAGUGGUGGCUUUGUUGGUUUUUGGUCCCAAAGGUCUUGCUGAGGUGGAAGAGCCUAAACUUUGCGCUCUCAGCUUUGUACAAGCAAUGAAAGGAGAAUGGUUAUUUUCCACCUCCCAGUUCACGGGUUUGAAUGUGGACAGCACAUGGCAUAGAAGAUUGAUAUAUGUUGCUCGGAAUCUGGGGAAAACUUUGCGUGAAUUUCAGCCUACAAUUAAAGAGCUUCAGGAAGUUUCAAGGGAAUUCAAGAGCACCCUUGAACGAGAGAUUGGUCUUGAUGAAAUUCAAAAUUCAAAGCAAACCACAUACAGCCCCUCCAACACAAUGAGCACUACCUCAACACCUUCAUCAAUUGCCAUUUCUGAAGAUUCUCAAACGGUGGUUGACCCUAAUGGUGCUUCAUCUCCAAGCAGAGCAUACUCCAGUGAUGAAUACUUGAAGAUAACAGAAGAGCAGCUGAAAGCAUCUGCUGCCCAACAACAGACAGAGACACCCCCUCUCGGAAAAAGCCAGGUCGAGGUCGAACCACAAACUCGGCCACAAGAUGCUGUUCAAGAAGCGGCUUCCACGAUUCCUCCCCGACAGAUGCCUGAAAGCAAGACAUGAAGCUUCCUGCAAGGAAAGAAGACUUCCUCCAAUUUUUCUAUUCAAUUAUCGGCAACCCUAGAUAGUCCUCAAAUGUUUGUUUAUUAGACAACAAUGAAGAAAUUCAGGGCAAAUUCUUAGCCCAUUGUAGAAUAUGAUUUUGUAUACUAGCAACCAUUGCAAGAGAGUUUGUGUUGAAUUUUCUGGGCCCUUGAAUAUAUUUUAAAUCAAUAGGCGCAUUAUAUAUAUGUACUUUUGCUUAAAUUUUUGAAGUAAAAUGUUGUUCACAUAA